GCGCUCUUCCGAGAGGUACAACCUCUCUUUACCCUUAACUCACUCUUUCGUCCGGAUUUACCGCUGUAGUCACGGAAGCCACGAGUACGGAAUUACGCAACGAGUCGCGCCGAUGACGCGUCCAGUUGUCAAGACUACGCGCCAUUCGUCCGCGCCACUAGAACCGCGCGAAUCAAGUCGCCAAUAGUCGCGAUCACUCGAAAUCGUCCCAUCUCCUCGGAUCCCAUGACAAAUCGACGGAAAAUUCUUUAAAAUGCUCCCCACGAAUUACGGGCCCUUCAUCCGGUGUCAUAUCGCGCGGUGACGAGAAAUUUAGUCGCUUCAUUGACGGUAAGAGCGACGACGCGGAGCGCCAUUUGAAAUCGGAAAGUGGAGGAAUGGAAUUCGCGAUGGGGGCACUUUCCGCGGUCGGGGCGGGCUUCUUCACGAACCCGAUGGACGUGAUAAAGAUCCGACUGCAGCUCCAGGGCGAACUGGAGGCCCGAGGGUCCUACGCGAGGAUCUACAAGAACACCGUCCACGCGGCGUACAUAAUAGCGAAGAACGAAGGGAUCCUCGCCCUGCAAGCCGGCCUGGUGCCCGCUUUGGCUUUCCAAGUCGUGUUGAACGGCCUCAGACUGGGUGUCUACAACACGGCGAAGAACACUGGACUGAUUCUGGACGAGAAGGGAAACACGAGUAUCGUCAAGACGAUACUUGUUACCGGGACCACUGGUGCCUUCGCGGGGAUUAUCGGCAGUCCCCUUUAUCUGGUAAAGACGCAGCUGCAGGCACAGGCUGCGGAGAACAUCGCGGUUGGCUAUCAACACCGACAUUCUGGGAUGUGCUCCGCCUUUGCCACGUUAUGGCGAGAGAACGGAAUCGCUGGUAUCUUCCGAGGGUGGUACGCAGGAAUUCCAAGGCUUUUCGUGGGCGCCGCUACUCAGCUGACCACUUUUGGAUUAGCCACGGACUGGCUAAAAUCUAUAAACGCGUUUCCUGAUCGACCCCUGCUGCUGACGUUUCUAGCUGCAUCGAUCGGAGGCACUUGCAUAGCUGUCACCAUGCAGCCCUUCGAUGUCCUGGCCACCAGGUUGUACAAUCAAGGUGUCAAUGAGAAAGGGAAGGGUGCACUCUACGAUGGCCUUUGGGAUGGUUUGGUGAAGAUAUUCAGGACCGAAGGCUUCUUCGGGCUGUACAAAGGAGUCUUUCCCAUGUGGGCCAGGAUCGCCCCUCACACGGUCCUCUGUCUGGUGUUUUACGAGAAACUCGACCAGCUGUACAAGAAUGUAUUUGUACCGAAAUAAAUUUUUUCUAAAAAGAACUCUCUAGGCGAUUAGAGGGUUUGUUAGACA